AAAUGAUGGAAAAAUCAUGCUGGAAAAUCAAUGCUGUUAUCUAAUUCACAACGAUUCAAUUACAGUUUUGGCUAUAUGGAUUAUCAAAUGACCAACGAUAUUUAUGAAAAGUGUACUUAUAAAAGAUAAAAAUUCAUAGUGUGGUGUUUGCAAUUGUCUGCAUUGAAGAGAAAAUUUUCUUGAGAAAAAACCACCUUCAGAAAAAAUAAAAUAUAAUUAUAAGGAAGAAAAUUUAAGUUGAGAGAGAGAGAGAGCGGGGGAGAGAGAGAGAGAACGCGUUAAAAGUGUGAGAGAGAAGGAAGAAGAACUUUUUUUUGGAAGAACACACACACAUUUUGAGAGCGAGGAGAGAAAUAAUCAAAAACAAAAAGGAUAUAAUAGAAAAAGGAUUUUUUUUUAUCAUUUGAUACACAUAAUUAAGCAAUGGCAGCAUCAAAUUCCAAUCACCGUGGAACAAGUGGAUCAGGAAUACAAAUAGGAUCUGCUUGGUUCCAACGAAAAAUAAAUCUUCGACCUCAACACCGAGGUGUUCAUUUAGUAACGGAAGAAAUUUUGCGACAAAUGCCUGAAUUAGGACAAUUUUCCGUGGGAUUAUGCCAUGUACAAAUUCUUCACACAUCUGCCAGUUUAGCAUUAAAUGAGAGCUGGGAUCCAGAUGUUAGAGACGAUAUGGAAAUGAUGUUAAAUAAAAUAGUGCCGGAAGGUCUACCGUAUAGACAUUCGUGUGAAGGACCCGAUGAUAUGCCUGCUCACGUAAAAGCAUGCUUUCUGGGUAGUUCUCUGACAAUCCCAAUAACAGAUGGCAAACUAUCACUUGGCACGUGGCAGGGUGUAUGGCUAUGUGAGCAUAGAGAUCAUGCUGGCUCACGUAAACUAGUAAUAACACUUUCCGGUUGUCCACGCGAUUCAGCGCGUAGUCCUUUAUCGCCUGUAUCACCAAUUGCAAGUACAAGCAGUUAGGGAAGGUCACGUUCAGCCCGGGAAAGUCGGUAAUCUUGGGCUGAACGUUUCAGUUUAUCACACAAAAUCACAUCACAAUAUAAUACUUCUUCUUGUGUGUUUUCAUUAAAAAAAAUUUGAGACAGGAUAACAAAAAAAAAAACGUAGGAAAAAAUGAAAAAAAUAUAAUUUUAAAAAAAAAACAAUUAGUUUUUAUUUUGUUGAGAAAGAAAUAAUUAAUUUACAUUUUCAAAAAAAUACGGUUGAAAAAUUAUAAGCUAAAGAACUCAGUGCGUGUGAAAGUCUAUUGAAAUUUAACAAUACUUAGAAAGAUGAAUGAAUACUUCAAAGAAAAAAUAGGAAUAAUAAUAAUGUUAGCUAUGAUACUAUUAUUACAAAAACAUAAAUAAAAAAAAACGUAGUAAUAAAACCGGGAUAAAUCAUGAAAGGCAGGGACCAAAAUGAAUGAAAAAAAAUCUGUAAUGAAAAACAUCAUUAUUUUUGAUGAUGAAAA